CUGCGAGAGUAGCAUCGUCUGCAUUUGAGACAGGAAAAAAGCUGCAUCCCAGAAAACAGGAGCAAUAUGUAAUCACGGAUAUACAAAAAAAAGUCUACAAAAAGGGUCCGAUAAAAAUAGAGUGCUUUUGGAGAAAGUUGCAAGCAAAACAACUCCUUCUGCGGAUUGGAGGAAUUCUUCUUUGGUCAUUUAUUGAUUGAGCACAUCUAUCAAACAAUUUGACUUCAUGAUCAAAAACUGGUCACAAGUUAUGAACUGAAUCUAUGCAAAACAAGAUCAAGGAAACAUGUAUUACAUCAUGUGGGUAAUUUGUGAGUCUCCAGACACAAGAUAGCCACAUACAACAAUUCCUUUGUGUAAAUUAUUUUCAGGCUUUUGCUCAAAGGGAGUACAAAUUUAAUACUUUGAGUCAGCAGUUGUGAUCUUUUUUUAAUAAAGCAAUUUGUUGUGGGUUGAGAAGGAGCACCACCUCCUCCCCUGCCCAUUCAGUAUUAACCAAUGGAGAGGCUAUGCAGAGGAAAGAGUUACUUGUAAAGAAAGAACCGCACAGUGAUUGAUUGUUGGAGAAGCAUUCAUCUCAGACUUGUCAAACCCAUGAAAAUUGGACUUAACUUUUUUAUUGUUAAAGUAGCUAGAAAUAAAUCUUUUUCCAUGCUGUUAGAUUACAGAGAGAUAAAAUCUGGAUUAUUUUAAACAGAUUAUACAUCUACCGAUUUCCUUAAAAGGUGGAUUAAACAAGAGCUCAUCUUGGAUUGUCAUUCAUUUUUUGGCUGCAUAAGAAGAAGAAGAAGAAGGAAAUAUGGUGAACAUUAGAGCUAGUUCUGUAUUUUUUUGGGUGUUUCUGUUGUCCCUGAUUGGAGGAGGGCUGGCUCUUGAAUUUGCAGGAGCUCCAGGACAAUGGGCUAGAUAUGCUCGUUGGGAGGCUGGCUCAAUGGGAGAACUAAGCUUCAGUCUUAAAACGAACAUCAGCAAAGCACUGGUGCUGUACCUAGAUGAUGGAGGAAAUUGUGACUUCCUGGAGCUCCUGAUUGUGGGUGGGAGACUGCAGCUGCGUUUUGCAAUCUCAUGUGCGGAACCAGCCACUGUUCAUUUGGAUACAUUUGUUAGUGAUGAUCGUUGGCACAUGGUACUUCUGACUCGUAACUACAGAGAAACAAUGCUGGUGGUUGAUAGUGAGGCCAAAGUAGCAGAGGUUAAAUCUAAGCGUAGAGAUAUGUCUGUAGUUAGUGAUCUCUUUGUAGGGGGCAUCCCUCCUGAUGUGAGGCUUUCAGCUCUUACCUCAAGUACUGUCAAGUACGAACCCCCCUUCCGUGGUUUAAUUGCCAACCUGAAAGUGGGUGAAACACCUCCCACUCUACUAAGCAGUCAGGGGAUUCAGAGUGACUCGGAGUAUCUGUGCGCUAAGCAGAACCCAUGCAUGAAUGGAGGACUGUGCUCUGUAUUCAACGGCGAAGUUCGGUGUGACUGUACUUUGACCAGAUACCAUGGGAAGUUCUGCAAUGAAGAAGAACAUUUACUGGAAGGUCUGGCACACCUGACGUUAAACAGCCAAGGUGAAACGUCUCAAGCUGGAAAGGAAGAAUCAGUUGCGACCUUUAAAGGGAAUGAGUAUUUCUGCUAUGAUCUAUCCCACAAUCCUAUUCAGAGCAGUACAGAUGAGAUCACCUUGUCAUUUCGUACGCUACAGCGGAAUGGCCUCAUGCUGCACACUGGCAAGUCUGCUGAUUAUGUCAACUUAUCACUGAAGAGUGGGGCUGUCUGGCUGGUCAUCAACCUGGGAUCUGGAGCUUUCGAGGCACUAGUGGAGCCCGUCAAUGGCAAGUUCAACGACAACAACUGGCAUGAUGUCAGCGUGACGAGAAACCUGCGCCAGCACGCAGGCAUCGGACACGCUAUGGUGACAAUAUCCGUUGAUGGGAUCCUGACUACUACUGGCUACACCCAAGAAGACUACACCAUGUUGGGCUCUGAUGACUUUUUCUACAUUGGGGGAAGUCCCAAUACAGCUGAUCUUCCUGGGUCACCAGUGAGCAACAACUUCAUGGGCUGCCUCAAAAAUGUGGUUUAUAAGAACAAUGACUUCAAGCUGGAGCUGUCUCGUUUAGCCAAAGAGGGAGAUCCAAAAAUGAAGUUGCAUGGCGAUGUUGUGUUUCGCUGUGAGAAUGUAGCAUCCCUUGACCCAGUGACUUUUGAGACCCCUGAAGCUUAUAUUGCCCUGCCAAAGUGGAACACCAAGAGGACUGGGUCAAUUUCCUUUGAUUUUCGGACCACUGAGCCAAAUGGUUUGCUGCUGUUUAGCCAUGGUCGGUUACAGCCCCCCAAGGAGGGUCGAUCAGAAAGAUUGCAGAAGGCUGAUUACUUUGCGAUUGAGCUGCUGGAUGGAUAUUUAUUCUUACUGUUAGAUAUGGGAUCUGGGGCAAUCAAGAUGAGAGCCAGCAACAAAAAGGUGAAUGAUGGAGAAUGGAGCCAUGUAGACUUUCAACGGGAUGGCCGAAAAGGUUCAAUUUCAGUGAACAGCAAAAGUACACCUUUUCUGGCAAGUGGGGACAGUGAGAUCUUAGACCUUGACAGUGAAAUGUACCUGGGUGGAUUACCAGAAAACCGUGCAGAUCUGAUCCUUCCUCCAGAAGCCUGGACAGCAUUCCUCAACUAUGGCUAUGUAGGUUGUGUAAGAGACCUCUUCAUCGAUGGCAAGAGCCGAGAUGUACGACGCCUGGCUGAGGUUCAAAGUGUGGCUGGCGUGAGCAGCUUCUGCUCCCGGGAAACACUGAAACAGUGUGGUGCCUCUCCGUGUCGCAAUGGGGGCCAGUGCAGGGAAGGCUGGAACAGAUAUAUAUGUGACUGUACUGGCACAGGAUACCUGGGGAAGAAUUGUGAGAGAGAAGCUACAGUAUUAAGCUAUGAUGGAAGUAUGUAUCUCAAAAUCAUGAUGCCAGUAGUGAUGCACACUGAAGCUGAAGAUGUAUCUCUCCGUUUCAUGUCCCAGAGAGCGUACGGUCUAUUAAUGGCCACCACAUCAAAGGAGUCAGCGGACACUCUCCGUCUAGAACUGGAUGGCGGGAGGGUCAAGCUGACCGUCAACCUAGACUGUAUCAGGAUAGACUGUAACCUCAGCAAAGGUCCUGAGACUUUGUUCGCAGGACAGAAACUAAAUGACAAUGAGUGGCAUGCUGUGAGGGUUGUCCGAAGAGGCAAGAGCCUACAGCUAUCUGUGGACAAUGUGACUGUGGAAGGCCAAAUGGCUGGUGCUCACACCCGGCUAGAAUUCCACAACAUCGAAACUGGCAUAAUGACUGAACGGCGGUAUAUUUCAGUGGUACCAUCCAACUUCAUUGGACAUCUUCAAAGCCUUUCAUUUAAUGGUCUGCCCUACCUGGAUCAGUGCAAAAAUGGGGAUAUCAGCUACUGUGAGCUGAAUGCACGUUUUGGCAUGCGCAAUAUCAUUGCUGAUCCAGUGACUUUCCGUACAAAAGGAAGUUAUCUUGCUUUAGCCACGUUGCAGGCUUAUGCAUCCAUGCACCUGUUCUUCCAGUUUAAGACAACCGCACCUGAUGGCCUCCUGCUCUUCAACAGUGGAGAUGGCAAUGAUUUCAUUGUGGUGGAGCUGGUGAAAGGGUACAUCCACUAUGUGUUUGACCUGGGAAAUGGUGCAUCAUUAAUGAAGGGCAACUCAGAAAAACCUCUGAAUGAUAAUCAGUGGCACAAUGUGGUUGUUUCUCGGGAUGCAAACAAUGUGCACACCCUUAAGAUUGACUCACGAACUGUGACGCAGCACUCCAAUGGGGCACGCAACCUGGAUCUGAAAGGAGAGCUGUACAUCGGAGGAGUCAGUAAGGGCAUGUACAACAACUUACCCAAACUUAUUGCUUCCCGGGACGGUUUUCAAGGAUGCCUUGCAUCUGUGGACCUCAAUGGAAGACUCCCUGACCUCAUUGCAGAUGCCCUCCACCGCGUUGGACAAGUUGAAAGAGGAUGUGAGGGCCCUAGCACAACAUGCACAGAGGACUCGUGUGCCAAUCUCGGGGUUUGUCUUCAGCAGUGGGAUGGCUAUACCUGUGAUUGUAGUAUGACUUCAUAUGGUGGUUCUGUCUGCAAUGACCCUGGAACUACCUACAUUUUUGGGCGGGGUGGAGCCCUUAUUACAUACACAUGGCCUCCCAAUGAUCGGCCGAGCACACGGGCAGACCGACUAGCUGUUGGCUUUAGCACUGAGCUUAAAGAUGCCAUUCUAGUCCGGGUGGAAAGUGCAAGCGGCCUAGAAGACUACCUGCAGCUUCACAUAGAACGGGGUAAAAUUGGGGUUAUUUUCAACGUGGGGACAGAUGACAUCACAAUUGAUGAAAAUGCUGUCACAGUAAACGAUGGGAAGUAUCAUGUGGUCCGUUUUACGAGAAGUGGAGGCAAUGCCACCCUGCAAGUGGACAACCAGCCAAUCAUUGAACGGUAUCCAUCAGGGAACUAUGAUAACGAGAGGCUGGCUAUUGCUAGACAAAGAAUACCUUUCAGGCUCGGUCGGGUAGUUGACGAAUGGCUACUCGACAAAGGGCGGCAGCUGACAAUUUUUAACAGCCAGGCAGCGAUUAUCAUUGGCGGUAGGGACCGAGGACGGCCCUUUCAGGGUCAGAUCUCAGGGCUUUACUACAACGGUCUGCAGGUGUUGAAGCUGGCUGCUGAGGGGGACCCCAACGUAAGGGCUGAGGGCAACUUGCGCCUUGUGGGGGAGGUAAACUCUGUCCUGACCACGGAAACCACCUCUACAACCCCUCUGGCAGACAUGUCCACUACUAUCAUGGAGACAACUACCACAAUGGCCACAACAACCACCAGGAGGCAGCGAUCACCCACCAUGAGAGACAGCAUUGCUCAGAAUACAGAUGAUGUAUUUGUAGCAUCUGCUGAAUGUCCUAGCGAUGAUGAAGACUUAGAGGAGUGUGAGCCGGGAACUGGAGGUGAAUUAGUGUUGCCCAUUAUUACAGAGGACUCCCUAGACCCCCCUUCAAUUGCCACCCGCUACCCUGUGAUCCCCCCUCCUCCUACUUAUCGCCCCUUCCUCCCCCACCUCGAGACCACCAAAGAAUCCUUAACCCUCCCAUCCACUAACCAACGACCCCCAUGCUCGCUUGACCAGGAGGAUAAUGAUUGUGAGGAUGCCAUUGAAGUCUCAGGCUUAAGUUCGGGGGAAGUGUUUGACUCGAGCUUUCCCCCAACCGACGAUGAAGAUUUUUACAGUACUUUUCCCUUGGUCACAGACAGGACCUUGUUACCGCCACCAGCCGCCAAUGGGGGGGCAGACAACAGUGUCAAAAUAUCCCGGGACCGCCACUUUUCCAAGCCCAAGUCCUCCACUACCACAUCCUCCAACUCCCCUCCCGAACAUCAGCCUCAUGUACCUCCAGGUGCCACCCCUGACCUGCUCCUCCGUAAAAAUAAAAACAGCGGUAGCAGCAACAUUCCUGCUGGCAAAAUGAACACCCGAGACCAAGUCCUACUGCCCAUGCCCACUUCCUUUGACCAUGACUAUAAUGGUAGGCACAGACAUCACCCUGAUAUAACCUAUCCCCCCAAUUUCCACAAUCUGCCUACAGCCAACCCCACUGGGCCAGGAGAAAAAGGACCUCCAGGAGCAGUUGAAGUCAUUCGUGAAUCCAGCAGCACAACUGGCAUGGUUGUUGGAAUAGUUGCAGCAGCUGCCCUCUGCAUCCUCAUCCUUCUCUAUGCCAUGUAUAAAUAUCGCAACCGAGAUGAAGGCUCCUACCAGGUAGACCAGAGUCGCAACUACAUAAGCAAUUCAGCUACACAAAGCAAUGGAGCAGUGGUGAAAGAAAAGCAAACAAGCACCACCAAGAGCACGGGCAAGAAUAAGAAGAACAAGGACAAAGAGUAUUAUGUCUGAAAAAGAAAGAGUGAUAGAGAGAAAGAGCGCGAGAGAGAGAGAGAGAGAGAGAGAGUGAAAAAUGACAGUGAUAUACCAUGAUAGGACCAUACCACGUCUUGUUCUCCUCUUUUCUGCAUUUUCUUUUGUUGAUCAACAAUCCUGUGCCUCACUCAUCAUUUCUUCAUAUACUGAUGCACAGUCAUACCGAAAAAAAAAAAGGUUUAAGCAGAAUGACAGAUUGCUUUUAAAAAAUGGUUUUGUCACAUUAUACAUUACCUACUGUUUUUUUGUUUUUUUGUUUUUGUUUUUUUCUAUUCUUGUGAAACUUUUGUUUCUGGCUUACUCAUGUUGUCCACACCCAAAACUUCUUUUUAUCUAUUUCUUUGCCUUGCUAUGUUUUUUGGUCAUUCUGAAGUAUGUCAACACUUUUAUAUAUUUAUAUAUAUUAUAUGCCCAUAUAUAAAUAUAUAUGAGUUUGGGUGGGUUGACAGACAAGUAAAAAGAGACAUGCCCUGUGGAUGUUUUUUUAAGAAAAUUACAAAAAAAAAAAAAAUUGUGCAAAUGCACUUAAUGCAUGAGACUUACUGAACUCGGAACCAGACAGACAGUACAAGAACUGUGUAUGUGUUUUCAACAACAACAACAACAAAAAAGGGAAACGAAAAUGAGAUGAAUGUAAAUGGAUUAAAGGAGUCCUCUUCUGUGCUAGAAAUGAAGCACAUUCAUCAUAAAAAUGAUUAGAGAAAACAUUUCUGCACAGACAUUUUUUUAAAGCAAAAUCAAAUGAAAACGGCGAACUGAUUUAAAUCAGAGGGAAAGUCAAUUUUGAUAACAGGUUGAACAAGUUGCUUUCAGUACUUCGUGCAGACAUCUGUCCUGAUGGUACUUAAACAAUCAUAAAUGGAACAGCUUCGUACUGGAUUGAGGGCGACAAUGUAGAGAAGUGGCAUGCUGGCCUGCACUAAUUCUGGAAAACCGACCAGAUUAAAAUACCAGUUAACAAAAACGCAGCCGCCAAACACAGCCCAAACCUGGAGUAACUGCCUGAUCAACUAUGCCUUUGUUGCAGCCCCAUACUUUGUCUCUCUUUCUCUUUCUCUCUCCCUCCCUGUCUCUGUCUGUUUCUCACUUCUCUUCCUCCUCACUAAGGUGCUAAUGCAACAUUAUUCUGUUGUGAUUCAAGCAUGUAGUAUUCACAUAUUUCAGCCAUUUCUGUGGAAAACAGCUACAUCAGCCAUUCGAAAUCCAGUGUUUAACAACCCAAACAUUGGUCUAUCCUGGCAGACCACAUCUUCAUAUGCAUUAGGUCCUGACAGAACCUACCAGCAAAUGAAGGACUUGGAUUCUUGAUACAUUACAAAGUGACUUAAAUAUAUAAAUAUAUAUAUGUAUAGACCUUUCAGAGUUCUACAGACCAGCUAGCAGCUUAUAAAAUUGUGUGUAUGUGUGUGAAUAUUGAUUUAAUGGGAAAAUACAAAAAACGUUAGGACAACUGACAGAUCUUUUUAAGAAGUAUUUCCAUUAAGAAAAUAAAAAUGGAAAUGGAAACUGGAGCCAUCUUUCUGAUAACAAAAUGACAGAGGAAAAAAAAAAGAAAAACAAAUGGAAUUUUGUAAAGGACAGGGGUAACCGUCCACCUCUGGCUACUGAUUUUGCGCUGCUGAAGGGAACUACCCGAGGAAACAUAAGGAACGCCUGCCCUUCAGUAAAGACUUACAGCGUGGCUUUUUUUUCUGUUUUGUUUUCUUUUUUUUUUUUAGUUCCUUUUCAGUUUUUUGUUUCUUUAAAAGUAGAGAUGGACUGAAAUGGAGACACAAGUCACUACUGCAGGAGAAACAUAAAUUGAUUAUUAUAUAAAUGAUAAACUUUUAAAAGCAAAAAAAAAAAAAACUUUUGGGGGAAAGAUGUGAACUGCAAUGUUUUAAUUUUCUUUCAAUUAUGAACUGUUAUCAGAAAAUGAAAAAAAAAUGUACAAAAAGUUUGUGAAAUGUCUAAAUAUUUGAAAAUCAUCCCAUUAUUAACAAUUAUGUAUUUACCUUGUUUCCAUUCCUGUUAAAAGAAAAAAGAAAAUGUUUGGGUAUUCUGAGGCAGAAAUAUUUACACAUUUACUCCAGAGAGAGUGAUGUCAUUUGGGCAAAAUUGUGUUAUCCUUUGGAAACAAAUCUCAGUCAGACGAGAUGAGCAAAAUCAUCCCAGCUGUAUCCAUUUAUCUUUGACCAGAUUAUUAUUUUUUUUCUUUUGAGAUUCUUUUGCAGACAUUAGUUGGGACCCUGCUUGUAUGCAUAAAACGCAGAAAGGUUGAGGGGCCCGGCGUAUUUUUUAUUUUAUUUUAUUUUUUUUGUGAAUCCCUUUGUAAGGGUAAGAAUGAGUCUACUUUUUUCUAAUUUGCAUUUUUAUUUAUUUUUUUUAUUCAUGAGAUAUAGGCUAUUCCAACUAUCUUCCUGUUCUAUUCAAUGUUAUUGUAAAGUGUUACCAGUGAGAUGAAUCUUAAUAUGUGUACAUUAACAGAGGGGAAAAUACAGUUGGUUAUAUACUUCUUA